AUGUCUAUCAUUUCAGAUGCCCCCAGUACCACUGCCUCCUGGGACCAAAUGGAGUCCUCUGGAUCCUCUGAGUAUUAUUAUGAUCUACAGAGUCAUCUAUGUGAGAGCGAGACCACCUUUGCCAACUUCACUGCUGUCCUGUACUCUCUGGUUUUACUCCUCAGCCUGAUGGGUAACAGCCUGGUUUUCUGGGUCUUGGUGAAAUAUGAGAAUCUAGAGUCACUCACCAAUGUCUUCAUCCUCAACCUGUGUCUCUCAGACCUUAUUUUCUCCUGCCUGCUGCCUGUGUGGGUCUUAGCACAGUAUUGGGGUUGGUUGCUAGGUGAUUUCCUCUGCAAACUCCUCAACCUGAUCUUCUCCAUCAGCCUCUACAGCAGCAUCUUCUUCCUCACCAUUAUGACCAUCCAUCGCUACCUGUCUGUAGUGAACCCCAUCUCUACUCUGGGCGUCCACACCCUCCGCUGCCGUGUGCUGGUGAUAUCAACUGUUUGGACAGCCAGCAUCCUGUCCUCCAUCCCUGAUGCCAUCUUUCACAAGGUGAUUGUCUCAACAUGUGAUUACUCUGAACUUAGUGGGUUCUUGGCCUCGGUCUACCAGCACAACAUCUUCUUUCUCCUCUCCAUGGGGAUCAUCCUGUUCUGUUAUAAGCAGAUUCUCAGGACCUUGUUUCGUUCAAAGUCCAGACAAAGGCACCGGACAGUCAAGCUCAUCUUCACCAUUGUGGUGGCGUACUUCCUCAGCUGGGCUCCCUACAACCUCAUCCUCUUCCUGAAGACACUGCAGGAGACUGGAAUCAUCCAGAAGACCUGUGAGGUCAAGCAACGGCUGGACAUGGCUAUGUUCAUCUUCCGCAUGUUGGCUUUUUCUCACUGCUGCUUCAACCCAGUGCUCUACGUCUUUGUUGGGGUCAAGUUCCGCAGACACCUAAAAAGUCUCCUCCAGCAGGCCUGCCAGAAGGCAUUCGUCCCUGUCCCAUCCUCCUACUCCCCUGGUGCCUUUACGUACGAAGGCCCCUCCUUCUACUGA